CCAUUUCCAUUUAUUUAGUCUUCCUCAAAUAUCCCGUCAAACAAAUAUCAAUCAGAUCGACUAACAAACAACCCAAUUCAAAUCAUGGCAAUCGCAGCCUCAUUUGUAUCCAUUUCACCAAAAUCACUUAUUCAUCCAUCCACUAAUCAUCAUCUUGUCUUUUCAACACCAAAUUCUUACGAGUAUUAUUGUUAUUCUUUCUUUUUCAACACUAACGAUAACAAUAGUAAAAAUGUAAAUGGAUUGCAUAUGAAAUCGUUUUCUAAUAUUAGACAGCACGUUUCUCGUAUUGGUGAUAAUUAUUUGUCUUCCCCUACUGCUGCUGAUUCUGUUUCGGUCGAGCUGAAACCAAUUUUAAAUGAAGCUCAGUUUGAUCAAGUCAUUUCUGAUGCUCAACUUCUUGAUGAAUCAGUUAUCAUUUUAUGGAUGGCAAACUGGUGCAGAAAAUGUAUAUAUUUGAAACCGAAGUUGGAAAAAUUGGCAGCUUCUUAUCACCCAAGAGUACGGUUUUAUUGUAUCGAUGUCAACAACGUCCCGCAUAAGCUUGUAGUUCGUGCUGGGGUCACUAAAAUGCCAACUAUACAGCUCUGGAAGGAUAGCAAGAAACAGGCAGAAGUGAUUGGAGGUCACAAAGCGUAUUUAGUUGUUAAUGAGGUUCGUGAAAUGAUAGAGGGCGAAGGACAGCCGUAAUUUUUUGUUUUAGUUCUCCAUUCAUUCUCAGUUUUGUUUCCAAAAUUGGACAGGGAAUAGAAAGCAGUCACUUUGUUGUUGUUGGUUUUGUAUGUAUGUAUUAGAUUGGAGAGACUAAACAAUAAACCCGUUUUUGUCACAGGCAUUUUAUAUAGCAAGUUACAUGUCCAAACCA